ACAGCGGAAUCGCUGCGGGACACCUUGAGUAGCAAGGUGAGUAAGACCACUGGGUCCUUUACCAUUGACAACCAGCGUGGCCGCAUCCCUAUGCGGAAGGAGGGCUACUCCUGGUGUCGUAGGGACAAUGAUCAAGAUGCACGGCUUUAUCGUCUUGAGGCCUUCAUCUUCACACAGAGAGCCGUUUAUGCCAAGACAUUUUCAGUGGAAAGUAAGGAGAUCAAAAUUGAUACUGACAAGAUGCUCACCGGGACUCAGGUAUUCAUCGGUGGCUCUGCUGGUACAAACACCAAUGGGGCAGAAGAGGAAGACGUGCUAAAGGAAGUCCACUUUCAACUGAGACGUGUUGAGGAUCUCAUGAAAGGUUCCCCCAGACCAGAGGGUGAGACCGUGAUGGAGGUAGCAGCCUUCAUGGUAGCCCAGGGCGCAAAGGUAGUAGCCGUGAAUGCGGCCUCGGCUUACCAGGUUGGUGGAGGCUCUACCACCGGCGGUCGCCAUGCACUGGAGGAGGCGUGGUGUAUCAGUUCAACCUUGUACCAAUCGCUUGCAUCAGUGGAGCCUAUCAAAGGAGGCUUUCCUGGAUAUCGACAGCACGUCCCUGUGAUGGG